UCCUCAUUUGGGUCAAAAUAUGAAAUUAAUAUUGCAAAAUUUAAAAAUGACAAUUAACCUUAGUGUAUUUAUGUUAAUACCGAUUUCAUUUGGAUUAAUUUUCAGUAAUGCUGUUUCGUCACUAUGCCCUUUAGGCAAAACAUUUGUAGAUGGAUCAUGUGAAAAUUGCCCAUCUGGGUACUUUGGAAGAGGCUGUGUUCGAAAAUGUGAUGGAAUUAAUUAUGGCAUGUCAUGCUCAAACAAGUGCAAUUGUUCUGACAAUGAAACAUGUGAUCAUGUAUUAGGAUGCGUAAUCAAUCUAACUACUGUUAAGAAAGAAGAAACGACAGUAAAGUUGGAAAUCAGCACAAUCCCAAGCAUAAAUGUAACAGUUUAUACUAGUACUGAUAAGAAACUGGACGCAGGAAUAACAACUUCAACAAGCGAAAUCCGUGGUGACACUUCUUCUAAUUCUUCUAGUUGGAGUAUCUGGUUGUACAUUAUCCUUUCAACGGGACUGGUGGUAAUGGUGCUGUCCAUAUCAAAGUUGAGGGAAAAAGUAACUCACUGCCUCAAGCCUUCUUUACAAGUAAGAAUCUUAGGGGUUAAUAUGCCUAUUAAUCGCACAGAAGUUAACACGAUCUCUACUGGAAUAGAUAUAGUACAAGAAGAUAUAAAUGUUGCGGAAGAUGAUGAUAUGUAUUGCGAAAUUCGUGAAUCUCAGAUGGUGAGGGAAAUACAACCAGUUCGCCAAAUGAACAUCAUAAACAACACGAAAGCAAGAAAUCCUAGACGGGACAGUCUCGCAUACAGCAAUGUUUACCAUCAUCUUGAUUUUUCUACAUCAGUUCCAAAUUUGGAUAUUUUUUUUGACAGUGAAUAUUCUCAUACUGAUUGCAGUAAAAGUUUAACAAAUUUAAAGCGAAGUGAACGUGCACGUUUGAGCACUAUUGAUGAUAGGCUUGAGUUGCCAGAACAAGAAAUCGAAAGCAAUGUGUAUGGACAUGUUUGGGUUAGUGAUACUUUCAAAGACGACAUUACUAAAUAACUUCAGGUGGUAAUAAUUCAAAGGUUUUAAAAUGAAGUAUAUUAAACUUUUUGUUGAGGCAUUUCCACAGGCACUUGUUUCUGUCAAUAUGGGGUUUUCUAUCCAUACCCGUACGAGAAAUCACAAGGUAGCUAACGGACAUUUUCAAUGUGUUCGCUUCAAACCAAUAUUUUGUUACUUUCCCUUGCCUCUCUCACGAAUAAACAUACACCAGUCUGUCGAUAAAUGAUUUUUAUCUUUACACUAAAACAACGUUCACGUACCUUGAGAAUACCACUCAAACAGUAUUACACACUUAAGAUGAUAAUUAUCGACCUUUUUUUAGACAUUUUUACUCCUUUGAACUAUGAACAUCAUAAAUAUUUAUUUUGUAAAAAAUAUUUCCAUUCUCCAUUUAAACUAUAUACCUAAUCGCAAAAUCAUUUUCAUCUCCUGUGUAUAAUAUUAUAAAUGUCGGUAUUUUGGUCAAUGUUAUUGCUGUAUUCCUAAUUCGUUGAAUAUUUCACAGCGGAAUUUUACUGUUACUUUAAUUAUUCAUACCUUAUUUUAUUGAUUUGUAUUUACAUUGAAUUAUAGAUCAAAAUUAUUCGUUUAGUGUAUGUUCACUUGUGGUAAUAUGUCUUAGGAUUAAGUGUAGCCAUUUCAAUUGAUAUUUUAUAGUGUGUCUUUCUAUGUUGUGAUGGUACACUAUUGUUUUAGAUACGGAUGAAUGUUUGAUACCAUUAAAACCUUUAAAUCAGCUGCGAUUGUUUGCACCUGUCUUAAGUUAGCAUAAUACAAAGAUGUUUUUCACUCCCAAUCAGACAACUUUAAACUGGUGUAAUUCAUUUCAUCCUUCUUUAUAUUUUAUAAAUGAGGUAUCAACAGAAAGAAGAAAGAUUAAUCUUUCAAAUUGUGAUAAUUUGAUUAUGACAUAAUUAUUACAUAAUAAAUUAUUAUGUAACUAGUUGCUAUAU